UUAUAAACUUCUGUUUUUAUAAAUACUUAACUAAAAAAAAUAGGAACUAGUAUAAAUAUAAGCUCCACUUCGUAAAAGUACUAUUUUCAAAAUGGUUUUCACAAUGUACACCAUCUGUGUCAUUGCAUUGGCAAGUCUUGUAGAUCCCAGCUAUGCUGAACAUCAAGAAUUUGAAGUGCAAUUUCAAAUUAGGGACACAGAAAAGAGAGUGGGUGUUAGUGACCUUCAACCUAAUCAAGUCUUGUCUGCAAAGGAAGAUGUAGGUAAUACGAAAUGGAUUUUGGUCAAAGUAAGUGAAACUGAUGAGGGACGAGAAGUAUAUAUAAUCCAACCGAAAGAUAACCCAAAAUUAAUUUGGGACACCAAGACAAAAUCAUGUGAUGAUGAAACUGAAGUAGUAUUAGUUGAAAAACCAGAAUCAACAGAAAAAUGUCAACAUUUUUACUACGCAGGAUUGGGUAAAAUCGUAAUUUAUAACGAACAGUGUGGUAAGGCAAACUGUCUCUACGUUGACGAAACAUCAAUGGAAAUAAAAUUCAGCAAGGAUUGUAAAGACCACAAAGAAAGAGAAUUUGAUUUAAAUUGGACUUAUUAAAAUUUUUAAUUUUUGGAAUGUGCUAAUAAUUAUUAAAAAUCAUACAAUAAAGAGAGUAUUAUUAUUA